AUGGCAUUCAGCUUUGGAAACGUGGGACAGACAGUUGGGGAUGCCGCCCAAGGGCCACCGGAACCUAUUCAGACCGAAGCCCUCGGAUUCCUGUCGUUGUCUGGUGAUGCUAAGCUACGUUUAACGUCGCAGUGGUCUCCGCCCCCCUCUAAUAAUGCUUCCCUUCUCAGCAUUGCGUCGCGACAAGGUCUUGUUGCCGCUGCCGGUCCUGAUGGUGUCGUGCUGGCCACCACGGAAGCCGUUCGAAAAGCAUUCGAUAGCCCUAAAGAUGGCGAUGAUGAUAUCCGAGCUUUCGAGCCUCCAUUCACGUUACCAUUACCUAUUCGAAUAUGUCAAUUGGCUUUUACGACUGACGGAACCUAUCUGAUAUUGUCAGCCGAGGAGCGUGGAGGUUUAGCGGUAUAUGAGACCCAAGCCCUGCAGCAAGGCUCGACUGAGACCGCUUUCGAAAUACCCACGAAUGGCGAGUCACUUAGGGCUUUGGUACCGAACCCUAGCCUGGAGAAGAGCGAACUAUGCGCCAUUGUGACGAACGAAGGCAAACUUUUGAUGGCGAACAUGAAGGAGCGUGGUUUUGUAUCACAACCCACCGGACAGGUUCUGAGGAACCAAGUUAGCUGUGUCGCUUGGAGUAAUAAGGGAAAGCAGUUGGUGGCUGGCCUUGGUGAUGGUACUAUACAGCAAAUGACACCCAAUGGUGAAGUCAAGGCGGAUAUUCCUAGGCCACCGGAUUUGGAUGCAAAUUACUUUGUUUCGUCUUUGGUUUGGCUCGAGAACGAUCUUUUCCUAGCAUUCCAUGUGCUUGCCUCAGAAGAGUCUCCCCAGACUAGAUGCCAUCUGAUCACAAGACAAGGGGAUAAUUUCCAAUUCCAAAAGCUCAGCGACCCGGUAGAGCCCUUUGGCAGCAACCGGACUCCCCAUCAUACUCUUGUGCGGUUGAAGGACUUCCCACCAAAUCUUCAGGACCUCCUUAUUUGCUCCUCGACAGCUAGAGAAGAUAUUGGUCUUUUUACGCGUUCGAAGACGCCGCUAGCUCCAGGUGCCCCGUCGAAUAUCUUCACCACCACAGAGUUAGCCGAUGAUUCUAAGCGGGCCACUUUACCAAUGGGCGAAGGUAUGGAGACCCCGGCAGUAAUUGGUACAGCUCUCGAUUUGUCUAGUCGGGAGAAGGUUUAUAAACCUAUACCUACUGAUGAGAUAGAUCAAUCGCCUGGUCCAUUACCAGGUUAUUGGGCUUUGAAUGCUGAAGGUGUACUUUCUGUUUGGUGGGUUGUAUAUUCCGAAUCCAUUAGGGGCGGGACUACAUAUCCGGGGAUUAUAGCUGUAGAAGGCAAUACGGCGGGCUCUACCGAAACGACAACCCCCAAACCCGUUCAACCAAACCCAUUCGGGGCCUCAAAUCCUCCUGCUUUUGGAGCCCCGUCAGCAGCAGCUGGGACGGCGUUUGGUAGCACCUCAACAUUGGGCUCAAAGAGUUCGCCCUGGGGGGCUCAGCCUUCCUCUGGUGAUGCUAGUAAGAUUGCAUUUGGAUCGAAUACUUUUGGCGCCGGUACUGCUCCCGCGGCGCCGAAGUUCGGUACACCUGCAUUUGGCACACCAAGUUUUGGUACUAGUCCCGCACCGGCAUUUGGGCAAUCUACCGGGCUCGGUACAAGAUCUUCGCCUUGGGCUUCAGGGUCUGCUUCAACUGGCACGCCUGCUUUCGGUCAAUCGGGCUUUGCUAGCAUCGCUAAUAACUCUAAUAAUGCGGGCGGAGCUAUGGGAUCGUUCGCAGGCUCAAACUCCAGUGCCGCGGAUUCAAGUAGUGGGUUUGCUAGUUUUGCAAACAAGGGCGGCUUUGCUUCCAUUAUAACUAAUAAUACUUCUAGCGGACCGAGUAUAUUCGCAUCUACGAAGCCGGAUGCGCCUGAUAUCUCUAUGGACACAGAUACUAGCUCCGUAUUCCGGGCUCCAAGCUCUAAGCAGAGUACGGGGACUGGAAAUGUUUUUGGGUCGCAGCCGUUUAAAUUGACGUCUAGUUUUCAACGUGAUCCGAAUGCAGGAGAAAAUGAUACUGACGAAAAGACACCGAAGACGGAGAAGCUGUUGUUCGGCUCGGGCUUCGCAGCUACAAUAGACGAAUCAGCAAAGCCUGUAGCCACGGGUCCAUUCGCGACCGGGACAGGGAAUCCCUUUUCGAAGCCAGCACCAUCAUCGAAUGCGGAGUCAACUACGCCAACAUCGACGCCCGCGCCAUCCAAAUUCAUAUCCCCCACCUCGUCGGCGCCGCAAGGCAAAGGAAUCUUCGGAUUUCAACCGAAAACUCCUAGCGGCCUUAGCACCGUUUUCGGUUCUUCUGUCUCUCAGACACCAACAUCUGAAACUCCUCAAGUGAAAACGGAGCCAGAAACUCCUAAGCCCCUUAAAGGUAUUCUAGACGCACCUCUUCCUCCAGAGUCUACUAGCAAAGAUGCUUACUCAUUAGGCGACUCGACAUCAUCUGCCACUUCAGAAGUCAAAGAUACGCCUCCCAGGGCCGAAGGUGCACCUUUACCCCCUGACUUUGCCGACUCAACUCCUAAGCAGGCGGACCAGGAGGCCUCACGCAAAGCAUUACCUGUUGCUAACGACAGUGCACCUCUACCACCUGAUCCUGUCUAUAAUAAGAAGGCCUACGACGCUCCUCUACCCCCGUUGCCUGUGACUGUUACUGAGGCCAAACCUGUCGAUGACUCGCCCCUACCACCGGAUCCUGUAAAGCAGCCGAAAGCUUACGAAACUAAGUUACCAGCACUUCCCAUUGCUAAGCCAGUAUCUGAAGUUAUUGGGCCUGGAUUCAAGUUUCCAACAAACCCUCCUCCUGUUCCGUCGGAUAGUGAGGAUGAUGACCUAUCUGAAGAGGAGGAAGAGGAGGAGGAAGGCACUGAGGCUGUUAGUGAAGGUAGUGGCGUCGAUGUCGCUAAAGAUCUCAGCCCUUCUAGUACGGGUAAUAACAAGACCCCUGGGUUUACACCCCAAAGCUCUUUUGAUGGUUUGGCAGGAAGCUUCACUACUAUAUCCCGCCCAGAUCAAGACCGGCGAAACGUCUUUGGCGAAUUGAGCCGGAACGCUCCAAUUUUCCCCCAACCAAACCCAGUUAGCCCCCGCUCACCAAGCCCAGUGCGAGGCUCAGUACCGACGAGAAUGCUCGGCAGGGACCAGUCGCGAUCGUUUAGUGCACCUGGUAUGGCAUCUCAAAUUCUUGGUGCAUCUAGACGACAGCAAUCCCAGCUCGGUCCCUCGGUUCCCAACGCCGCCUAUCUUGAAGAUAUGAUCGAGAAGCAACGGAAAGCAAAGGCGAAGAAGGAUGCCGAGGAAAAGCAGUUGCUUCUUGACGAAGAGGAUGAUGUUGUCCAAAACCUGCUGAAAGCAGAACUCAAGCCAACGUUGGAGCUUGACGAAUUCAUUGCACACCCAGGUGCAGUGCCACCAGCAGGUGAUAGUGUGCCUUCGCAAGUCGAGGCUGUAUAUCGAGACAUCAACUCAAUGAUUGAUACACUUGGUCUUAACGCACGAUCUCUCGCGAGCUUCAUUAAGGGGCACAGAGAGCUCUAUGCUAAGGAGUAUACGAGACAUGACUUGGCUAUCCUAGAUGACUGGACCCUAAACGGACUUGAGAGCUUAGCUCACAUUAUUGACCAUGAUCUAACCAAUGCCCUCGAGGAAGCGAGAGUGAGGGACGUAGCGGGAAAGCUCGUAGAAUGCGAAGAUAUCCAACGUGAGCUUACUCGCGAUCGUAACAAGCAGGCGGACCUCAAGAAAAUUAUUAGCUCGCAUGUUGAUCCAGAACAAACUAUUGCAAAUCGUAGUUUACCUCUUAGUGCCGAACAGGCAGCACAACAGAGUGAUUUACGACGAGAGUAUGCAAAGUUUGCAAAGGUAUUAACGGAAGCAGAGGAAAACCUAACCCUGCUCAAGGCUAAGAUCGUUUCUGCCAACAGCGCUAAUGGGAAGGGUGGUCCAACACCGACUAUCGAAGCGGUUGUGCGCACCAUUACUAAGCUGACCACCAUGGUCGAGAAACGUAGCGGCGAUAUCGACGUCCUCGAGAAUCAGAUGCGAAAGCUGGGUGUCAGUUCGCACGGCCCAAACAGUCGCGAGGGCUCGCCCUUCGCCACGCCAAACGCUAAGAGACUAUCCACGUCAGUAUUCUCUCCAGAACGCUCAAUGCGGGAGAGCACACCGCAACGUGGCAGUGUGUUCCGUCACUCGGUAUCAGGGAGUAUCGGCGGAGGCAUGUUUAACACACCGCCACGCAAGAAACUGAGCGGCUUUGGGGACGUAGAGAAGAAGGCUGUGAAGGAAAAACGGGAGCGUAGGACGGCUGUACUCGGAAAACUUAGGGGUAGCCUCCAGAAAAAGGGGGCGGGUGUCUGGGCUGUGGAUGAUAUUGAAUAG